CAGAAAUAUGAAGAAGCAGAGCAUUUUAUGAGGACACAGAUGACCGAAGCUUCGAAGUUGCGGCGGAAUCGGAUGAUUGACUCUCUGAUUCAAGGCCUGUGUAUCAACCGGAAAGACCCCGAGAAGGCUUUGUGACCCACGGAUUGAGAAGCAAGGUUUGGCAUUGGAUGUUGUUUUGUUUAGUUGUUGGAUUUGUGGUUAUAUUUCGGACGGGGUUCUGAUGGAGGUUUUCCUGAGUCUGCAUGUGAAGUGUAUUUGGUUAUGAGGAGGAAAGGGUCAGUUAUCACAAGCAAAACUUACUACACAAUUUUAAAAGGUCUAAUUGGUGGUGGGAAAGAUUCACUAACUCAGUCUUUCUCGAACAUCUCUCUGAAAGAAUAUGGCCUAGAAGAACCCAAGGUAAGCAGGAUUCUGGCUUACGACAUAUGUCUGAAGGGCGUUGAUGAUGCUCUCCGAUUUCUAGACAAAAUGAAGGACAAGCCUGCAACCGUCACUUUGCCUGUUACUCUUUUUAACACACUUAUAAAGAAUGGUAGAGUUUUGGAUGCAUAUAAACUUGUCAUGGUGGCUGGAGAUGGUCUAUCUAUUCUAGAUGCAUUUGAUUAUUCACUUAUAGUUGAUAGUCUUUGUAAAGUAGGAUAUAUCAAUGAGGCAUUAGAUCUGUGUAGUUUUGCUAAAAAUAAAUGGGUGACCCUUGAUAUCAUCAUUUAUAAUUCAGUUAUAAAUAGAUUAUGCCGCCAAGGCCACCUUGUUAAAGCAUUUCGGCUAUUUGAUUCAUUAGAGAGAAUUAAUUUGGUACCCACGGAAAUCACUUAUGCUACAUCGAUUGAUGCCUUACGUAUAGAGGGGUUUCUUCUGGAUGCCAAGCAGUUUUUUGAGAGGAUGGUUCUCAAGGGCUUUAAACCAAAUAUACAUGCAUACAACUCGAUUAUUGAUGGUUAUUGCAAAAUUGGAGAUAUGAAUGAUGCCUUGAAGGUUCUUUAUGAUUUGGACUUAAAAUCCCUCCAGCCUGAUGAAUUCACUGUUAGCAUUGUAAUCAAUGGCUUUUGUCUAAAGGGUGAUAUGGAAGGGGCAAUCAAAUUCUUUGUCGAGCUUAAAGGAAAAGGUACAUUACAUGAUUUUUUGGGUUUCUUGUAUUUACUAAGAGGUCUAUGCGCCAAGGGAAGGAUGGAAGAAGCUCGAACCAUCUUGAGAGAAAUGCUUCACUCCCAAUCUGUUGUUGAGCUAAUAAACAGAGUUGAUGUUGAGGUUGAGACAGAUUCUUUAGAAGGUUUUCUUGUUUCUUUGUGUGAACAAGGCCGUAUCGAAAAAGCACUUACUGUCCGUAAUGAAAUUGGGUGCAUGUUUUUCCCUGUUAGAGAUUCACCCCAUACUCACCAACAAUCUCAUAAACUAGACAAGCCUUGUGACAGGGAGGCUUCUGGUACAGUUGUUUCAACUUCUGUAACCUACACUGAUGCAGAGUUGGAUAGUCAGCUUUCUGAAAUGAAGAAAGUAGAGAAGGUGGCUGAAAAUUAUGAUGGCAUGGAGAGAAGGUCUCAGUUUAAUGACUUUGACUAUUGCUAUAAACAAAUUGCUAUACUCUGUUCAAGUGGGGAGAUACAAAAGGCUAGCCAGUUAGCAAAGGGGAUGGUUCCCAAUUUUGGCAGGGCCACUUGGUAUAAUUGAAAAAUCUGGCUAAAAUGGUGUUGUAACUUCCUUCCCCUUCAAUAAGGGACCAAUGAAAGCAGUUACAGAGACUAUGCCCUAAGUAUAAGUUUUGGCUGCAACAGAAUACUGUCAAACUAAACAGUAUCAGCUGGUGGAACUUAAAACCGAUGGUUGUUUUGAAAAGGUUUUGUGCCAUAUAAACUUUUUCGUUGCUUUGGCAUCAUGAAGAUGAAAGAAACCUGCUGCACAGUGUGGCGUUCAACCUUAAGUCGCCCUUGCUGCCGUCAAAGUAUAUGAUGGAAAAACUGGAUGGUUAUUUGUGCCCCAGAUUCCUCUGCUAUAAGUAUUUUUCGUUUCCAUAAUUAUAGAGGAGAGCUGCAGCGUGACACCAGAUUAUCAAACAUUUCUCUCUUCCAAGGGACUUGCCACAACCCGGUGAUACUAGUUCGAUUUAGUAUUAUCCGAACUUGUAUGAAAUCCAGUGUUACUCAACAAAUGAGGUCUGGUGAAACAUGUUGUCAACCUGCUUUAUAACAGAAGAGAAAGUUCCAUUAAAGCAGCCUUAAGAAAACGGUGUUUGUAGAACGAUGCACGUUGUCAAUCAGGUUCAGGGAUGCAGAUAUUGAUUUGUUUCAUCACCUCCGGAUGAUUUGGGCUUGGUUAACAUUUGGUUUGAAA